CAAUAUACUUACAUAAAGGAGAAGGUUAAUAAAUUAAUAAUGUAACCAAGUAAACAUAGGGUAUAAGCAUUGUUUAGAUAUUUUUCACUUAUCAUCACUUUACAUAUUUAGAAAACUGCAGAUUGCUACUUUUUAACAUACGAACUUAACUAAUAAGGAAGGGAUCCACGUCACAAAUCUUUUAUUUAAAUAGCUCUAGUGUUGAGCGAAAAUCACACAGAUCGAUUGUUAUCCUACGGGAAGCCAGUCAUUUGAAGAUCCCUAGUGCCAGCCAGCCUCAGAAGAACCUAAAGGUUUUCUCAAUAAUAAAAAUGUCGAAAUUGUUGACGAAGGAUCUAUUCCUCUCCAGUGACGACUCUGAAGUUGAGUCAAAACCUGUGGAAAAGAAGUCUAAUAAGCGCAGAAGCUCAAGCAAACCGAGAGAAGAGCCGAAGGUGAAAAAAACGAAGACAUCCAUCACACCGUACACUCCACCACCUCGACUUACAGCGAACGAUCUAUUCGGUGAAGACAGCGAUGAGGAACAUCGGGUGAAACCGUCUACAUCCAGCAAAAGCGGUAAUAUACCACCUCUACUUUCUUCUUUUACAAGAAGAGAAUCAAGAGGGUUCUCUAAACAAAUAAGUGAGACAAAGGAGGGAAAGUAUUAUGUGGAAUUAAAGAUAUAUAACACGGAGGAGGUACAGAAAAUAGCGCCAAUUAAUAGAUGGCGAUACGCCAUCACAACUAUUAAAAUGAAACUUGAUGAACAUAAAGAUUCAUGGCAUACUUUAAAGGAGUUCGUAAAUCUAAUAAAAAAGGACUUUAGGAAUUGUCCAGUCUCAUUGCUUGGGUCAUACGAAAGUAUUAUUUAAUACGUUAUAAUAUUACCUACUUACACUAUUAUUAUAUACUCACCUAAAUAACUAUGCUAUUUACCUACUAUAAUGUAACCGAAUAAGUUAUGUAACAGAUAUUGUAAUCUUUGU